AUGGGCCUCCCGUCAAUUCUUAGGCCUCGAAAGAGGAACACAACCACGCCCACCAGCGAGAAACAUGCAUCCACUGGGCCUUCAACGCCGACAUCCAGGCCAGAUUAUCAGACUGGAAAUGAUACAAUUCCACAAGACACACUUCGACGGGUGACCAAAACCCGCCGCGUUUUUGCUUUGACGGCCUCUAUCUCAUAUCUCAUCUCAUGGGUGUUUUUGGUGCUGGUCUUGAUCGGCAACACAUAUCCCAAAGCCGUGCUGUCCGAUAUCUACUUCUUCAGGCUAGACCUCUCAGACAUCAUCCCUCUGAGCGUUCCCAAUGCCAGACUGAUCAACUCCAUCGCCCAAUCCAUUGGUCUGCACGACUUCUACCAAGUUGGGCUGUGGAACUUCUGUGAAGGCUUCAUCAAUGAAGGCAUCACUUACUGUUCCAAACCCGAAACCCUCUACUGGUUCAACCCCGUCGAGAUCCUCAUGUCCGAACUGUUGGCAGGAGCCACGAUUGCCCUCCCCACCGAAAUCAUUACCAUUCUCUCCAUCCUGCAAAUCACCAGUCAGAUCAUGUUCGGCUUCUUCCUCACCUCUGCCAUCCUGACAUUCCUUUACAUCUUCCUCUCGCCGAUCGCCACAAAAUCCAAGUGGUACAGCUUACCACUGUCCAUCGGCGCGUUUAUCAACAUGAUGCUGGUAGUGGCGGCAAGCAUAGUAGGCACCGUCAUCAGCCUGGUGUUUAAGUACGCGGCUGAAGCGCAGAAGGAGCUCAACAUCAAGUCCUAUGUGGGCACAAAGAUGUUUGUGUUCAUGUGGUUGGCCGCUGGGUUCGGUAUCAUUGGGUUUGCGGUGCACAGUGGUAUGGGUUGCUGCUGUGUGAGCAGGAGGGAUGUCACUACUGGGAGGAGGACGCUGAUGCCUGAUGGGCAGGGGGUGCAGAGGAAGUCUGUGGUGAUGAGGUGA